UAACACCGUCCUCUUCAGAUUUCUCAUCUGAAUCCGUUUUCCUUUCUGGUUCCUGCCAUUCCGAUUCGAAUUCCAUGGCCAGCACUAACCCCGAUCGCGAUGACGAGGCAGCGGAGACCGCUGCCGGCGAGGAUGAAGAUACCGGAGCUCAGAUCACCCCCAUCGUGGCCCUCUCGGAGGUCGCCGUCACCACCGGCGAGGAGGAUGAGGACGUCCUGCUCGAUCUGAAGUCGAAGCUUUAUCGAUUCGACAAGGAAGGGAACCAGUGGAAAGAGAGGGGCACGGGUAAUUUGAAGCUUUUGAAGCACCAGAAGACCAAAAAGGUUCGUUUGGUGAUGCGCCAGGCCAAGACACUCAAGAUCUGCGCCAACCAUCUAGUUCUUCCAUCGAUGAAGAUUCAGGAGCAUGCGGGGAAUGAUAAGUCAUGUGUGUGGCAUGCUGCGGAUUUUGCUGAUGGGGAAUUGAAGGAGGAGAUGUUCUGUAUCCGCUUUGGCUCUGUAGAAAAAUGUAGGAACUUCAUCGAGACAAUCGAAAGCAUCACUGAAUCUCUUCAAAAUAGUUCAGCAGAAGAGAGCAAGGAAUCCUCUGAGGCCGCUGAACUCUUGCUUAAUUUGAGGGUAGAUGAUAGUAAAGAAGCAAAGGAUGUUCCAUCAGCUGCUGAUUCAACCAAUCCAGAAGAUGAGAAAUCAGCAACAGAAUCCAAAGCCGAGGAACAACCCACCAAAUCCAAGGAUUGAUAUUUGAUUCUGGUCAAUUUGAAUUUGUUCAGGUGAUACGAAGAUGCGGGUCAGGGCUUGUGUUCUUCUGGUAAGCAUAUUUGAGUUCAGAAGUCACGUUUGGUCUCGUCAUGGACUUUACCGUUUAUAUUAUUGUUGUAUGGUUUCAUUAUUCUCUCUUCCAUUGCAUGUUUACGAAAGAGAAGCGCUCAUCUUUCUGUUAUUGAUGUUUGGAACUUGCUACUGAGCGCUGAAAUUUGUUGCUUCUCCCCAA